CGACCCUUCAAAAUCCCCAAUUCCCAGAACUCCGGUCAACUCGAUUCCCAUGAGAUUUGGUUAAUUGGAUCGUAGUAUGGCGGCGCCGAGGAAUGUGACGGCGACGAGGGAUGAAGAGAAGGGCGAGGAUGACGAUUCACCCUCCGCCAAGAAGCCCAAAUUGGAGAGGUUCCCGCUCAACACGUGGGAAUUUGCCGCCGCCGUUGCUGUCUUUUUCGUGUUCUCCACGGGCCUCUUCUGCAUUUACCUCACCAUGCCCCCCGCCGCUUACACAAGCCUCAAAAUCCCCCGCACUCUCUCCGAUCUUCGUCUCCUCAAGGAAGAUCUUUCGAUGUAUGCGAGCAACAAUCCGGCGCAGUUUAUUCUUGGCUAUUGCUCCACCUACAUCUUCAUGCAGACUUUCAUGAUUCCUGGGACAAUCUUCAUGUCCCUUUUAGCUGGGGCGCUUUUUGGAGUUGUACGAGGAAUACUAUUGGUUGUUUUCAAUGCCACUGCCGGUGCAUCUUCCUGUUUCUUUUUGUCUAAGUUAAUUGGCAGGCCUUUGGUUACUUGGUUGUGGCCUGAGAAGCUAAGGUUCUUCCAAGCUGAGAUUGCAAAGCGUAGGGAUAAGCUGCUGAAUUACAUGCUUUUUCUGAGGAUAACCCCGACAUUGCCAAAUCUGUUCAUCAAUUUGGCCUCUCCCAUUGUUGAUGUUCCGUUUCAUGUAUUCUUUUUGGCUACUUUGGUUGGUCUUGUUCCGGCAGCAUAUAUUACUGUCAGAGAUUGCAACCUGUAGAAUUAGUCUAGGAUC